AUGUUUGAUAAUAUUAGAUAGAAUGAUGAACCUUAUGAUACUGAAAAUGAAAAAGAAUAUUUUGAUAGAAAACUCUCUGAAUAUCAAGAUAUGUACUUCAUUAAAUAAGCCAUUACAGCUUAUAGUAAAAUUAAAUUAUUUAAUAUUGAACCAUUAUAAAAACUUAAAUAUGAAUGCUAUUCGAAUUGUUAUGAUAAUACUUAAGUGAUUUUUGAAAAUUAAGAAAAAAGGAAUCAAAAAGCUUAGGUAAAUGUCUAUCCGAAUGCAAAAAAAAAACAAAAGAUCUUAAAUAGUUUUUAAGAAACUUUGAUAAAUUAGUAUAUUUGA